CACAGGCCACCGUUACCAUCGAGCUCUCGCAGGCGCAGCAGAAUCAACGCUGUCAAGGAAACGCGCACGCUAGUCGCAUCAUUCCGAGGUUUAACUGAACCUGUCUCGCGCACGCAUUGUGUUAUUUACAUUAACAUAUGCAAAGUCAUCGCGGUUGAGCAAUGAGUGCAAUGUGAAAACCCAUAACGAGGGAACAGCGGAGGGAGUAAUAUCAGAGAGACGGAGCGGCAGCCCUUUGCUUGACACAGCAGUAUUCAGUCAUGCCGCUGGUGAAGAGAAGUAUUGAACCCAAGCAUCUGUGUCGAGGAGCUCUACCUGAUGGAGUGCCCAGUGAGCUGGAGUGUGUCACCAACAGCACCCUGGCGGCCAUCAUCAAGCAGCUAGGAGGCCUGAGUCGGCAUGCAGAGGACAUCUUCGGGGAGCUGUUUAAUGAAGCCAACAGUUUCUAUAUCCGCAUGAAUAACCUACAGGAGAGAGUGGACCUGCUGGCUAUCAAAGUCACCCAGCUAGACUCCACUGUGGAAGAAGUCUCUCUGCAGGAUAUCAACAUGAGGAAAGCCUUCAAGAGCUCUACCAUUCAGGACCAGCAGGUGGUUUCCAGGAACUCCAUCCCCAAUCCUGUGCUUGAGCUCUACCACCGUGGAGACAAACCUCCCCCUCUUAAUAUACUGAGUCCUUACAGAGAUGAUAAGAAGGACGCCCUGAAGUUCUACACAGACCCCUCUUACUUCUUCAUCCUGUGGAGAGAGAAAAUGCUGCAGGCCACAGAGGACAAGAGAAAAGAGAAGAGGAGACAGAAGACGAGCAGCUCAGGCCAGACUCACUCAGACCAGACUAAGUCCCACUCCAACAAGGCCCUUCCCAGAAGCCCCCUUCUGUCCUCCGAGCAGCAGAAGCAGGUUGAGGAUCCCAGUCGUGAAGUUAAAAAGGUCCGAAAAGCUCGCAACCGCAGACAGGAAUGGAACGUAAUGCAGUAUGAUAAGGAGUUCCGCCCUGAUGCUCGUUUUACCCCCUCUCCGUACCACGGCAUGUCGUCUGAGGGCUCCCUGUCACCUGACAACAGGUCAGUUGCCUCAGACAUGGGUGAGCACUCUUAUCCAGGCAGCCCCAGUCACACCGGUCAGCAGAUGGCCGUUAGUACUGCCUACUCCACUGCUGAUGGAAAAGAGCACCUCAUGGCCCCAUCACAUGUCCAGACUCAGUCCUUGGACCGCAGUUACCGCCCAGCUCCCACCUCCGUUCCUGCUGGAAGACAGACCAUUGGCAGGGUUCAGACCUCCCAUGGCCAACCAAUUACAGAUCCUGCCCUCAAUGGACCACGCCAAUUGCAGGCUAAGGAUUACAGUGGUCAGCAGUCUCGGGAGCAUCGGGAGUAUUUCGUACCUCCUGCUCCUCCUCCCCCUCCUCCCCUAAUUCCCUCUGCCCAGACUGCUUUUGACAGCCCAACUGGCCCCACCUCUGCCCCUGCCAGUGCCAUGGCAUCUCUCUCCCAGUCUUACAACCCUUCUCCCCCUACCCCAGCCCUUCCUGCCUCCUACACCCCUUCCCCAACCCAUCCUCCACCCACAGUCCCUCCUCCACCUCCACCUGGGCCGCCCACACACCCCCAUACGCACCCACACGCCAUGCCUACGGCCACAGCGGAAGCACCGGUGGUGCCGAGGAAGGGCCAGGUACCCCUGAUACCAAUGAGCGAUGCACGCAGCGACUUGCUAGCUGCCAUCAGACGAGGGAUCCAGCUGCGUAAGGUGCAGGAACAGAGGGAGCAAGAGGCCAAGAAGGAACCCGUCGGAAAUGACGUGGCCACUAUAUUGUCACGUCGUAUCGCCGUGGAGUACAGCGAAUCUGACGAAGACUCUGAGCUGGAUGAAAACGAAUGGUCAGACUGAGGGACGAAAGACAAAAAAUUUUAAAGAUUUAAAAACACAAAGUACAGGUUAUAAGGUAGGCUUAGUUUAACAGAAUUAACAUAACUAAUGUAGCAUGCCGAUGUAUGACACACUAACAGGACAUUGCUCCUGCAUUAUAAAAAAGGGCUGCGUAACUACAAAGUCUUAAAGAGACAGAACCGGAAACGUCUUACUUUUUGUACGUUCUUUAAUUUGAAGCCUUGUCAGUGCAGGAGUUUAAUAACAGUUUUGACCCCAUGGAAAAAAUGCUUGCAGUCGGCUCAUCCACACAGCAGGCUGGAAUCCGCUGCACUGAGACUAUUCAUCAUUUACUCUGAGUGUAGUGGUCCUACCAUCUGUUUUCUCUUCUGCACUUUCUCUUACUCGCAUGACCUCAUAAUUAAUAGAACAGCCAGCUGGACAACCACAAAAUGCUAAAUUUAGCCCUUCUAUCCAAGGACUGUUGUCUGGAGGAAAAUGCAAAUGGAUUGAAAUUUCAAGCAAAUACUCAAAAUGUUUAUGGUUCAACCCCAAACAUAAACAUUUUGUGAAGCAUUUAAAAUUCGCAAAGCAAUAUUUAUGGGCGAUUUGCUUAGAUAAUGUCAAGCACAAACACACACUUGGUGUUAUUAUUUAUAUUAGUUUUAAAAAGGUUUUUAUGUUUUAGCGUCCCAGAAAAUGGAAGAAAAAUGUCACUGUAUGGACAAUCUGAAUUAUAUAAAGGCAUCUAAAGCAUCCAAUGUAAUAUAUAUAUAUAUAUUCGAUUUUAGUGUUCUUUAUGUAGGGAAUAAAAUAUAUUUUCUGUGUCUAAGGGAUGGCAAGAGGCUAGUUGAGUUGAGUAUGAUAAUAUUUACCAGAUUCUAAUUAAAGAAAUGUAACAAGUUUGGAUGGAUUGAAAUGAAAUGAGUUGAAGGACUUUAAUAUGAUUAUAUGGUGCAUUCCUAUUCCACCAAUAUGUUAGUCACAAACUGUGAAUGCUGCGUUUUGUGGGCAGUACCUGGUAGUGGAAUUACACAUGACUUUAAAUAGAACCCUUAUACUGCUAUAGGUAGUGGGUACUAUUAAAUAUUUUGUUUACGUAGUGCUGUGUUAGUUAUGAAUUGUGUCUUUAACUGUAUCAAGAUUAUCAAUAUUUCAUAAUGUUUUUUCCACCUGAUCUUUUCAAGUAUGGAUAUUAAACGGAAACUCUGUUACUUCCGUAAUUGAUCAGAUGCUGGUUUUGUUGGAUUUUAGUUUGGUUGUGUUUUAAUUGAACCACCUUGCCCUUUGCCUGGGUAUUUAAAAUGUUAAAUAUGCUAUUUAAUCGAUCUAAUAUUUGUACAGAACGAAAGCACUUCAGUAUUUCUGCUUUUUUAUUUAAUCGUUCGCUUUAAUGUGCCACUUACACUGGGAGGCUUUGAGUUUAAACUCUCGCGAACGUAUCAGCUAUCGUGAGCCAUGUGUUUAGCCCGUGUUUUGUAUGUAAAAAGAAUGAAGUCGUUUGUGUUGUAAACAUUGUGAUGUAUAGAACUUACAGACAGCAGAACUGCAAGAGAAUCAAUGUAUCAAAAACAUACACUGUAGGCAAAUGCUGUAUGCAUGUACUGACCGCCAUUAAAGUGCUUCUUAACACUU